ACAGACUUUCGCCACACUGAUAAUCAGUGCGCUUUCUAACUAAAAAGAUGAAACUUUCUGCUGUUCUUCUUCUCUUCCUACCUUUCGCUUUCUGCGAAUACGAAGGUGAUGUGGUGUUUGAGGGAAAGUCUGUCGCGUCCAGAGAUCUUCAGCAGGAUCUCCAGGACUUUGCCGAUUUGAUUCCAAUGAGUGACAUUAUGAGCGUCGCCUUUUCCCACAUUCUCACGGAUCCUGAAGUGCGACAACUCUACAUUUACAGCCAAUCGAGUGAGUUUAAGCAACUCUACGCACGAGCCAUUGACACCACAGCAGUUCAUGAGCUCAUCGCCUUGCUGGAGAGCUACAAUCUUCCCGUGAUUUCCACUCUCAAUGACCUCGCAUUCAUCCUGCUCCUGCCGGAAUAUGUUCCCCGCGGAAGAGCCGUGACAGCUGGCGGUGUUAGUGGACUUGUGGAUGCAAUUCUUCGUCUUCUGCCGCGUGAGAAGUUGAUUAAACUCUACCUUGAGAAGCUGAUGUUCAGUCCGGACUUCAGGAAGCUCAUGGCGAAUUUGGCAUCACCAAAGACAGCAAAAGCUGCUCUCAAUGUUGUGAACAAUCAAGAGGUGAGAAUUGCCUUCAACGAACUGCAAAUUCGAGGUAUCGACGUAGUAAAGAUUGGCAAGCAAGUUGUUGCGUAUUUCCUUGGUUUGCAAUAAAGAACAUACAACGUCUUAGCCAUAA